UUGGUGACGGGGACGCAGGCAGCGGAAGGGGGGCAGGGGCUGCGGGGGCUCCAGCCGGCUCGAAAAUGACGUCCCGGGACCGUGUGCCUCUCUCCAAGUCGCGGGCGGAGAAGUCACGCCCCCCCACGGUACCCAUCCCUCAAGUGGAUAUCAUUCCAGGGCGCCUCUCUGAGUCGGAAUGGAUCUCCCUGGUCACCAUGGAGGAAGGAGAGGAUGGAGUGGGAGAUAUCCUGGCAGGGAUGAUAAACCAAGUGAUGGAUGAGUGCUAUAAAGUGUACCUGGCUCGGCAGUGCAUCCCAUUCACCGUCAGCCAGGCGCGGGAUGCCAUCCUGCAGAUUGCCGAAUGGCGCUUCCUGGCGCGGGAUGAGGGGGAGGCCACCGUGGAAGAAGAUGCCACCUGGCAGGAGGAGGAGGAGCCAGUGGCCUGUGUCACAGACUCGUGGGCACAAGGCUCAGUUCCCGUUAUGCGAACCAGUCUGACCCUGUUACCGCAGGGGAGAGAGGUGUCUUUGGACAAACUCCCCGAGGAAACACUUUCCCAUGAGGAGAUGCGGUUCUACACAGGAUCCCCCGAGGUGCCAGCAGGCACCCUGUCCGAACAGCCUUCUCAGGAGGAGGGGGUCAAGUCUGCAAAGUCAUCCAGGCCCCAGAAUCUGCUUUCCCAGCCAGCCCCAGCCCCAGCCCCACCCCCCUUGCCUAAGACCAGAAAAGCAUACAGGCCCUAUCGAGGACUGCUGCACUCAGCCAGCCUUAAGAAUAUGGCCAGGCCCCUACAGGAGACUGAGAAGGAGCUUCUCCGGCAGCAGCUCUCACAGACCCUGCCUGAGGAAUCACCACAGGAGGAUCUUUGCAGCCUUCACCAGCUCCUGCCCAUGUCCUGCAGCAACCUGCUGAAGAUCCAGACGGGCAGGCCCCCCAAGAUCAAGGAUGUGAUGUACAAUGAGUUUGGUACAGUCAUCGCCAUGCCCAAGCUGGACCCAGCCCGUCUACCCAAGUGCUGGAUCAAGCCCCAGGUGGAGGUGCUGGAUCCAGAUGUUGAGGCCAAGCGGCAGGAAGUUCUCAAAACUGUCUCCGGGCGUGGCCAGAGGAGUACGAAGUCCCAUCGCCAUGCAGCCCAAGGGCCAGGGGUGGGAGAGCUCAUUAGCACUAAGCUGCUCCAGGACACGGGGCCCAUGCGGAGUGGUGGGCUGGCCCAGGCUUUCUGUCAGAGCCACGCAGACAAGAGAGCACAGCAUUUGCCUUCCAAAGGGAAAAGCCUUGAACCCAGCAGCCAUGUCUACUGGAAGCCCAGCAACCUGCUGGACUCUAUUGAGCUGGCCCCAGGAGUGGCAAUCAGGGACAGCAGCAGUGUGAAGUGUGGGCCCCACCAUGGUGCACUCUAUGAAGAGGGAGGGGAAGGGGUCUUCCAAAGAAAGCUCAGGCUCAUCCGCCCCAGACUGCCCCUUCCCGCCGUUGCUGUGGAGCAGCUCAUCUGUGAUCACAUGCCCCAGGUCCAGCCAGCAGCUCUGCUCACAUCCCUCAUGUCAUCAGGGCCAGAGCACUUGUAAGUGCAGCAUGCUCCCUGCCCUCCCCUCUGGGACUGGGCUGGUGUGCCGUACCAUCGCAUGGCCUGUUACAGAACCCCAGCCUCUCCAGCCAGUGUGGUGUGCAGGGGUGUCUCGCUGCGUGGCUGUGGUAACCUGCUGGUGCGUGUGACGAGGGACCUGCCUGCGCUGACCUCCUCAUCUUCCCUGGCUCUUGGUAACAAUAAAUCCCAAGCACCCACAGCAUGAUUCACUUGCCUGCUUUGGUUCCACCUCCCUGCAGACCAGCCCCUCUGACCCAGGAGACCCCGCAGCAUCCGGGGGGACAGCCUGGGCCCCAAGGCUACAGGCCGCCUGGAUGCUAUUAAUUUACCUGCUAUAACCUCGCCCAGCUGCAGCAGGGAUGAUUGCUUAAUGAAAUCAUAGAAUCAUAGAAUAUCAGGGUUGGAAGGGACCCCAGAAGGUCAUCUAGUCCAACCCCCUGCUCGAAGCAGGACCAAUUCCCAGUUAAAUCAUCCCAGCCAGGGCUUUGUCAAGCCUGACCUUAAAAACCUCUAAGGAAGGAGAUUCUACCACCUCCCUAGGUAACGCAUUCCAGUGUUUCACCACCC